CAAACAGAAAAAAAUCUGCCACGUCAGUACUAACGACCUGACAUGACAACAGGUCAAGUUCAGCCCUGAAGAUUUCCCCUGGUAGCUAACAACCCGAGCUCAACAUAUUGGCUGCAUGUUUUGGAACUUCAAGCGGAAGACAGUUGCGAAGCAAAAACAGUUGUCAGCAGGUGGAAAGCUAACAUUCGUUUCCUUUUCGAUUUCGAGUCUUUAAGAUGGAGAGCAAAUAUAAUCUUAAGAGUCCAGCGGUGAAGAGGUUAAUGAAGGAAGCGGCAGAACUACGCGACCCCACUGAGCACUACCAUGCCCAACCACUAGAGGAUAACCUCUUUGAGUGGCACUUCACUGUCCGCGGGCCCCCUGACUCCGACUUUGACGGCGGCGUCUACCACGGAAGGAUCGUCCUGCCCCCAGAGUACCCCAUGAAACCUCCCAGCAUCAUUCUCCUCACACCUAAUGGACGGUUUGAAGUUGGAAAGAAGAUCUGUCUAAGCAUCUCUGGCCAUCACCCUGAGACCUGGCAGCCGUCCUGGAGCAUAAGGACGGCGCUAAUAGCUAUAAUCGGAUUCAUGCCGACCAAAGGAGAGGGAGCGAUAGGAUCUCUUGAUUACACCCCUGAGGAGAGGAGGGCCCUGGCCAAAAAAUCUCAAGACUUCAGCUGUGAAGCGUGUGGUUGUUCCAUGCGCUCUGCACUGUUGCCCAUGUCUCCAGGCAGCGCCUCACGCCCAGAGGACCGCGCGGACAAGGAACGGGCUCAGCAGAUCAGCUUUAAGGCAGAGUCCAGUUCUUCGGCCAGAGCUAGUGUAAAUAAUGCAGCGGAGAGCAGUCCUUCAACCGCCCAGCAGAGCGAAGCUUCAACGUCAGGGGGGUCAGACAGUAAGGAGCCAACAGCAACUGAGCAGGUAGAACAGUCUAGUCCAGCUGCCAGUGAGGCCUCCUCCAGCCCCGCCGCUCCUCCCAGUCGCCCUCUGAGUCCCCGCCAGCGCCGUGCCCAACAGCAGACUCAGCAGCCUCCUCGCCGGGCCGCUUUCCCGGCGUCCCCCGUCGCCGCCGGCGCCGCCCCGAACGCCCCCGCAGACGCCAGUCACACGGGCUCGGCCGUCCUCAUCGUGCUGCUGACUCUGGCCCUCGCCGCUCUCAUCUUCCGCCGAAUCUAUCUGACGAACGAGUAUCGCUUCCACUACGAGCUUUGAUUGACUUUUUUUUUUCUUUUUUUUUUAAUUUGUUUGUUUUAUUUUAACUUCAAAAACCCCGCCCCCUCCGAGCCACCAUCGCCCAAUCAGCCUUCCUCUCAGCCCCCAGUUGGACCAUUCCCCCUCUUACUUACUCUGGACAGGUUUGCCUUAACCCUGCCGGCCAAAGAAAUUAUUCCCUAUCCAAACAUUCUCAGAAGGAGAGAGAGAGAGAGAAGAUUUCAGUGGUUAUUGGGGGAUUUGACAUCUAAUAAAGAGGGUUUGGUCUACCAUAUAGGCACACAAGCAUUCCUGUGGAGGCUGAAGAUAAGACGGUGCGGAGAGGGGCGGUUUUAACGUGUAACUGAAUGUGUUUAAAAGUACUGCAUUCUACUGAAGUUCUGGCUCCUGUCCAACCCAGGGGACAAGGGCUUUUGCUUCAUAAUCUUUUUAUCUGAAUAUCUCUAAAUCUUAGACAGCCUGUUUCGCAAAUGUUAAAACAAGUGCUCCCUCAUAAAUAAAAAGCAUAGAUUAUUUGGAUUGUAUUAGAAAAUGAAACAAUAAAAUAUUUAAUCUUGAAUAAUUUAAUCUAAAACAUCAUGAAGCACUUCGGUACAAUAGUCACUAUUUUCUGUCACAUUUUCUGUCACACAAAACCUUGCCACUUGAGUGAAACUUCUGUGACUUCUCCUUCAUUGUAAAAAGUUCAAAGAGAAAAAAAAAACAGUUGAAAUAAAGAGAGAAUAUUUUCACCUUGAUGCUUUAAUAUCAUCAGCAAAUGAGAGGUGUUGUAUUUCUUGUUUUACUUGAAAGUCAAAAGGGAGAAAAUCUCUACGGAGUCUCAACAGCCAAAAAACAGUGUGUCUGGGGAGAGAGAUGUGGGUACUUACAGCUCUUCUUGCACCGUUUAAUUUGGAUUCCCUUAAACCUUCAUAUUGUUGUGUCCAUGGUGAAACAAACUGGUAUGCAACAUUCACAUGUUGUUUUCUCACUUGUCAACGGUGGUUUAUAUGUAAUUACUAUACACAGGGACAAUGCAUGUAUAUGCACAGAACUAAAUUCUGUUGAGUUGUGCUUUAGGCAAAUCCAGUGUGAAGUGUGACCAUUCAAGGUCAAAAUGAAUGGAAAGGGAAUUCCCCAAAUACACUGACAUUUGACUCUGAGACUUCUCAGAGUACUGGCUGU